UCAUAAUGUAUUGUUAAAAUUUUGGCGGUCUAAUUUAAAAAAAAGGGCGCUUUUUGUCUUGUAGAACCCUAGGCUAGGUGUUCUCAUUCUUCCCUUCAGAGACCACUCCAGUUCAAGUCUUCCCUCAGUCAGUUCAAGUCUUCUUCUCCGUCGUCUUCCUCCGGUUCGUGGUUCUCCAGCGUCGUCCGGGGCCGGUCGGAACGGGCCGAGUCCGUCAAGAUGGGAGCAGACUCCCUUUCGGGCGAUUCCGGCGACAAUUCCAGCCCUGUUAUGCUGAAGAAUCAGUUCCGAGGCGUGCUCUUCAAGUACGGCCCCAAACCUAUUCAGGUAGCAUUUAAAACAGGUGAUUAUCGACAGCAAGUCAUUUUUAUUGGUGGACUGUCUGAUGGUUUUCUGGCAACAGAAUACUUGGAACCUCUUGCAAUUGCUAUGGACAAAGAGAAAUGGUCACUUGUUCAACCACUCUUGUCAUCUUCAUACAGUCGAUAUGGCACUUCCAGCUUGAAACAAGUGAUUGAUGUUCUGCUGAGAUCCUGGAUUAGAAGCUCGGUCAUUGUCCUGGCAAGGUUGUUUGGGGUAUGGGGUAAGCGCGGGUUCGUGAGACAGGUGCUUCCUCUUCCAGACCAACCACAUGACAAGUCAUAGUAAGUGGAAACCCUAAAAGAUAAAAUUGCAGCCCAUGAAGCAGCUUGGGAUGCCCAAGAAGCCUAGAUUGCAGCCCAGUUUUCGAUCCAGGAUAAGAAGAUGAGCAUGAUCUUACGGGCCUUACAGAUGUUCAGCCUCCAAAUUCCGAUGCCAUCACCUGAUCUUGCUCCACCUUCGACCUUCCAGCCACUUCGCACAGUCGAUACCCAGUAGCCUGAUGCAUCAAACCCAGACAACUACUUGUUGUAGUUUUUUCUUUUUUGUUCGGAUAGCUUGUAUAUACAUUUUCAUAUAUUUUAUAAUUAAAUAC